UAAAUGACAUCUCUGUGGACCUAUCUCCACCUCUUCGCACCGGAGAGAUUAAAAGCGCCGCCCCACCUUCCCCAACUUGGAGAAGUCUCUUCUGUCCUGUGGGCCGUUGCUUCGGAAGAGGCGCGGGGUGUGCAGCCAGCCCUCCCUGGCGAGGUCCCCUUUACAGGCAGGACGACGCGAACUGCCGCGCCGGGACCAUGUCCGCAGAGACCGCGAGCGGCCCCACGGAGGACCAGGUGGAGAUCCUGGAGUACAACUUCAGCAAGGUCAACAAGCACCCGGACCCCACCACGCUGUGCCUGAUUGCGGCCGAGGCCGGCCUUUCCGAGGAGGAGACCCAGAAAUGGUUCAAGCAGCGCCUGGCGCAGUGGCGGCAGUCCGAAGGCCUCCCCUCAGAAUGCAGAUCCGUCACGGACUGAGAAGAUGCCGGGCACCCACAGCUUCCCUCCGUGAAGACCAUCUGCUGUUUCUCUCCUCGGCUUAACCCAGCUGUUUUGUUUCUUCAGUGUAGUGUUGUAUGUUCCAUUGGCAGCUGUCCUGCUAUUUAACAUGAUGUUGUAUUUUUUUAAUGUAUAUAACUAGAAAAAAAAUAACGAUAGGAAGCUUUGUGCAGCUUCUGUGUAAAGCAGUGGCUUGGCUGGGAAAGUGGUGUGGCUUGCAUUUCCCUUGGGUCAUGAUGACGGAUGGUGUGAAAACCACCUAAGUUCGCUUUUGAUCAUCACCUCCCAAUAACGAUCUACUUUCAACAUCCAUCUCAGAGCAGGCAAGGCCUCUGUUGAGAAAAUAACAUGGCCAAGAGGGAGAAACAUUUCCUUCUGAAUCUACUUCCCUAAGUUGUUUUCCUUAUGGUUCAUUUAAUACAUUGAGGGUGAAUGAGAAUACAGAGGAAUAUUUGAGUCAUUCAGAUUUCAUAAAGUAGUUCCUUGGAUUAAAGAUACAUUAACUUAGAAAGAACCCAGUUAAGCUAAAAGAAACUCCGCAAGUAGCAAGACAGAAGCAAGUAACUAACCAAAAAAAUCCACUAAAGUCUUUAACUUACUUUAUUUAAGUGUGUUUGUUAAAUUUAUUUUGCUAAACAAGAUGAACUCUUUGUCUCUAAAAUGAUAUUCUAAAUAAAACCUUAACUUUUUGUUGAAAAUGCA